GUACCUGCCAAAAUUUCUAAACUUCGGUCACACUUCCCUCAACACAUGCACCAUCCGAACGUAACUUCCCCAAGUUGUCAGGCUGCUAUCCCACAACUCUCGCGUCUCCUUUUCACCUUCACACCAAAUACCGACGUGCAUUUAUCCCGAUCUUUGUUCAUAAUUUGCAUUGCAUCCGACUUAUCGCAAUUGCAGGAACCGAACCAUUAGAUGAGCAUGACCCAGGCAAUACCCGCAAACGAUCAAACCUCAAUGCCAGGAGAGUCCAAGCUCGACGACGAAAAUUGCUUUCCAACCGACUUGCUCCCUAAAAGUCUUCAGCAAUGGACUCGAAAAGCCAAGCUUGCCGAACCCGACGGCUAUCCCCAAACCGUGCCAACCUUUCGCGAGUUGUCUAGGCUCUGUUCGCUUCACAAGGGCGACGACGCAGGAAAUCUCCUCUUUUCAGUUCCAGAAACCUGCUCCGAUACAUUCAAUGAACAGGACCCAUUCAUUGAUGGCUACAGAAUACCCAAGAACCCUCACAAUACACCAGCAUCGAGAAAUAGCCAAUUAUCAGAAGCCGAGUCAUCCGACACCGAAUGUCCAACUAAGUUGUUUCCUCCCAGUAUGGACAGGCAGCCUCUUAAUUCCUUCAAAAACACCUACAUCCCAAAGAGCAGCCGUUCUAUUCCGUUUGGUAAUGACUCCAAAACGGCAAGGAAACCGCUAAAACCACCAAAGCCUUCCUUCCUUUCUAGAUACGUCGGCUCCUCGCCGAACAAAGUUGAAAAUAUUCCGCCCUCUACAAAGGCCAAAUCACUUGAAAGUUGGGAUGGCGGACUCCAAAAAGCUACUUAUCGAUCUUUACCGCUCCACUCAGGCAGGGGCUCCAUCCAGUUCCUUGAUCAAUUAGCUACCCAACAAACACGAGAAUAUCGCCCUUCACAGAGAGCAAGGCAAUCACAAGAUCCCUGCCGCAUCAUUCCCUGCCGCUACUUCCCCCGAGCCCUGCCGCAUCAAGAUUUGGGGCUGUUAGAUGCAGCCUUGAAUAACUUAGAUCUACCAUUUCCAGCCCCCAUUCCUACAAUAGACAAGCUGCCUCUACGCCACCAACUUGUAGGCAGUGAGUUGAAUGAAACAAGGUCUCAUGUUUCAAGGACUGCAGGCCUCUCUGCAUCGAUAAAGUCGCAUCAGGACACAUCCUUGAAAAUACUAAGGGCUGUAUGGUACCUCGUGCUCCUCUUAAAGGAUUUGGUAAUGUAUACGAUUGCUCAGGCCUCCCCCGUACGAGAGUCUUCGCGUGAGGAUCUACCAACCAAAAGAGACUCGAUUCCCGGUCCUAUGGCUACCACAUUUGUUGGACCCACAAAAGUCCCUGUUAUCACCUGUUACUGCGGCGCAUACGUCCUUCAAAUAUAUGUGGCUUUCCCUCUUCCGCUCUUAGAAUGUAUGUCGAUGGUUGAUACCGUCUUUCGCGAGUACACGUACCCAGAUAUUACGAAAAUGGCCGCUAGGAGCAUUCGAUCACUUGUCGGAGUUUUAAUUCGUUGGAUUCUAGCCAUUCUUCAUAUCAAGGUAGUUGUUGAGCUGAGACGAGUGUAGGGAAGAAUCAGAAGACCACCUAGGUAUUUCCUGGAUGCGGAUAUUGCUGUUAUUCGACACCAGCGUAUUAUAUAUAUUACAGGGUAGUUAACUAUUGGGUGUUCUGGAGGAAACUUGAGGAAGGAUCACGAAAAUACUACAUUACAUGCAUACAUACUAGCACCAGGAACUGAGUACCUAGCAGGUCUUCUACGUAGUGUAUCAGAUUCGUUGGCAGUUAUUCGAUCGAUCUUCCUGUGGCAUGACCCUUCCAGGUCAAAUAUAUACAUACACCUGUAAUAGAUAUUCGCGUGCAAGAAAAGUGAUCUCUAGGAUAAAAGCGCGAAAACUAAAGAGGUAUAUGAAUCAUAGAUAGUGAGAUGUCCUUCAUUUAAGUCUUUUGAUUUGAUCAAGUAAUAUGCACUUUGCAUACUGCUUUGCUUCAAAGUAUUCCCAGGAGUUCAUAGCAUACAUAUUCAAUCAUGGCAUUUCAAUCAUCAACACAAU